AUGUACCUUGUGGACUCCAUGUCGCCACAACCCCGCCAGUUGGUGUCCAUCAUGAUGCUCGAUCGCCCAUUUCUAUGGCUUGAAAGUGCGGGAGUACCUGACGAUACUCACGAUACAAUUUCUCACGGUCGACGGCUUAGGAGAAGACUAGUUCAUCUCAGGCACCACGCAUUCGAUCAGACCUCGUGGUUCUACUCACCCAGUCUCCAACUCACUCUCGAAUCUUCAGAAACUUCAGCUCUGCUCAAGACGCCAGACAGGACCUACGCCCUCCGCCAGAAAAACACGUCCAAUUCUGUCAUGCUACUCUCCCCAACCACAUCAGCAUCAGCAGCACAAGACCAGGGCAUGUCUAUCAUCUCCACCAUUCACGAGACCGUCGAGCUUGAGCUGGUGCCCCAAGCCGUGACUACCGGUGGCCCGCUCAAGAACACGGGGAGCAGGGGUACUGAUGCUCGUGGGACACUCCGGGCUCCUCGCAUGAUGCAACUCGAAGAGCAGCCCAUCCUCGUGAAGCAUGCCCAUAGCGCCAUAAUGGAACAUUGGGCUGGCCUUUAUGGCCAGUGGUUGAUGCAUUUCAGCGUCACGGCACAUAGAGUCUACGGGAAGAACAGAAGCCACAGGAGUAACAUACCUAAUGAUGAGAGCUCUCCGAAUUGCCCUGAAACGCCUACACCUCAUGUUCAGGUGAUAGACUGUCAAGAAGAAAAGAGAACUCUGCCCGGGGCGCCCGCCGUCGUCUCCGCGUUCAGUUGCGUUGCCGCGCAAAACCCACAUCCAGGUGCCAGAAUAUUGGCCGACACGCUGACGGAAGCCAGCACAGUCACCUCCCUCACACAGCUUCACAGUCGCAGGACCAGCGACGCUGUAUUCGCCGCAAUCGUUGCCUCUACCCCCGGGGGGGCCAUGGGGCGGGAAGUAUCCUUCGAAAUGGAACUUCCCUACGGCUCGGGUUCGUUCCAACCGCUAUUCACAUGGACCCUUUUCCCAGCUCGGCCCUGCAAGACCUCAAAGAUGACGACAAAGGGGCCGGACUGGGAACGGUUCCAAACGGCGACGAGCGAACGACGAGACGGCAGCAGAGUGGACUUGAUGAGCCUCGGCGUCAACACACCUAGAUCCAAUGACAUGAGCAAACAUAUAGCAAGAUAG